UCCAAAACAGCCCGAUCAUCGUCCCUACCCAUUGUUUUUCCACCACUUGGAAGCCUCCUCGUCCCUGCUUUCUAGUUGACCAAAUGCUGCCGCAACUCUUCAUCUUCCUCCCAUUGCUUAGUCCCAAAGAACCAACCACCACUCACUUGGUCUCUCCCUAACACACUGUCACACUGACACACACACACACACACACACACCAGCAAACCACUGCAUCACCACCAACGACUUGCCUACCACUACUCGCUCACCUCUCUCCCUUGUAUAAAACCACCACCGGUUGCCCCGCCAUCUCCACCCAGUCACCACUGCUCCAUCACACUGCCCACCGCUCUUCGUUCGUGCGCGAGAGAAUAAGCAAGCGAGGCACGUUCUUGCGCGCGUUGGAUCGGCGUGCGUGCGUGCAUGGCGGUGGACGCGGUUCGCGACGCGGCGGCGGCGAUGCCGUCGCCGGCGGUGAGCGAGGAGGAGGAGGAGCUGCGGUGCGCCGAGGGGUGGGGCAAGCGGAAGCGCCCGAGGCGGCAGCAGCAGCGGGCGCCCAGCGAGGAGGAGCACCUCGCGCUCAGCCUCCUCAUGCUGGCGCGCGGCCACCGCGACCAGCAGAUACUCCGGCCGUCCUCGCCGGCGCAGGAGCACCGCUGCUCCGUGUGCGGCAAGGCGUUCCCGUCCUACCAGGCCCUGGGCGGGCACAAGGCGAGCCACCGCCCGAAGCCGGCGCCCGUCGCCGCGGACGAGCCCGCUGCCACGACGGCGGCCUCGCCCGCCGCGUCCUCCUCAACGACGUCCAGCGGCGCGGGUGGCAAGGUGCACGAGUGCUCCGUGUGCAACAAGACCUUCCCGACCGGGCAGGCGCUGGGCGGGCACAAGCGGCGCCACUACGAGGGCCCCAUCGGCGGCGGCGGGGCCACCGCGGUCGCGAGCCGACGGUUCGACCUCAACCUGCCGGCGCUGCCGGACAUCGUCGUCGUCACCGAGCGCGAGCGGUGCGUGCCGGUGCCGGCCGAUGAGGAGGAGGUCCUCAGCCCGCUGGCAUUCAAGAAGCCGAGGCUGAUGAUCCCGGCGUAGCUAAAUCAUCAAAGAAAUUUUCAAUCAUCAACCAGUUGGUGUGUAUUCUUUUGGAUUGCUUAUGCUCGGCCGGUUGGUGAUACGUACACCCGUUAACACGUACCUAGCCAGCCAGUGGAGCGUAGAGGUCGAUCGAUGGAGCUGGCCAUCGAUUGGUGUACGUAGUACAUAUAUAUCUAAUUUCUAUAUUUUCCAUAUAGUACGUACGUACUGUAUCUCAGUAGAACGGUUCUUUCAUUGAUUAAUUAAUUUGUUUGGUGUGAG